AGAGUUGAAAGAUGGUCAAGCACAGGUUGCAGAGCUGCUCUUAAUAUCCGUACAUGAGAAUCGACCAACGAGGACGACAAAGCAUGAUUCCAAGCAUUCACCGGGCCAUCGGCAUGAGCAGCGUCAGCAAUGCUCCAGCUGCGAACCUUGGCACUUGGCGAGAUCUGCGUGGAGUACUCGUCGAGAGUGGAAGAUCAAUGUGCUUACAUUUAUGCUCCUGGUGUCUCAUCCUUUGUAGAGAUCACAACACUUUCGGAUUUUCUCCCCGACUCUUCGCCACCAUCGCUCCCCACCCCCAGCGUCCUUGCGCGACGACUCCCGAUCGCGCACCACCUCUGCUACUUUGAACCAACACUUCGCGCGCAAGCGCUUCUCCCAGAUGGCACAUUACCGGAUCAGAGUCCCGGCGAGCCUUUCGUUCGACGUAUGUGGGCCGGAGCCCGCGUGCAAUGGAACCCGGAUGAGCCGCUCCUAAUGGACGGUUCCCGUGCCGUAUGCGCCGAGUUCAUCCGCUCCGCAACCAUCAAGGGCAAUGCGCCGGACGAGAAAGUCUUCGUCGAAGUCGAGCGCCGCAUUGCGAAGGCGACAGAAAGCGAACUCCAGCAAAGCGCCAAGAUCGCCAGUGAAUCCCUCUCGGGCAACGCCGACUCACAUCUCCUGACCAACCUUCAACACCGUGUGCGCCAACGGCUCUGGCGCGACCGCGGGGAAGACUUCGGACCGAGUUCCAUCGUUGAGACACGCAAUAUCGUCUUCAUGCGGGCAAACGCGAGCCCGAAGACCUCUCCCGACGCAUCAGAUCCCAGCUCUCCGCCACCGCGGCAAUUACCCAAGCCCCAGCAUACACCGACAUAUACCCACACUCUCACGCCAACGCCCCAACUCCUCUUCCGCUUCUCCGCGCUGACUUUCAACGGCCACGCGAUCCACCUGGACCCGCGGUACGCCCAAGAGAUCGAGGGCCACAAGGACCUCCUCGUGCACGGGCCGCUGACGUUCGUUUUCAUGAGCACGCUGCUGCAGCGACAUCUGGACUCGGAAGCCAACAAUCCAUCAAAACUUCAACAAGGGGAGGGAGAAGAGGAUAUCAUCACGAACAUGUCCUACCGCAACCUCGCGCCACUAUAUAUCGGGGAGGACAUCACUUUCCAAGGUGCGAGGAUUGGGGAGGGGAAGUGGGAGGUCUGGGCGUUGAAGAAGGAAGGUGGCAUGGCGGUCAGAGGGACUGUGAAGACGGAACGGAGGAGACGGAGGUAA